AUGGCAGCCGCGGCGAACUUGGCCGCGUUUCAGACUAGUGUGGAGGAGGAUGAAGGCUCGCUCGGAGCAAAAGGCAACGACUCAACCCACAUCUGUGGAAGGAGGGAGGGAGACGCGGCGGCGGUGGUGGUGGUGGUGGUGGGGGAACGAGGCUGGAGCGAGCCGCCCACACGGCGAGCAGGGAUAGCAGAGGGAGCACCAGACACGCUACUCUCGAGCCUCUUUCUUUUACAGCCAGAUGCUAUUUUCAGAGAGAUGGAGAAGGAUGAUUUGAACAGUUUACACCUUCUUCUAGCUUUCUUAGAGUAA